AUGGCUUCACUGACUCCUGAAGAAAUUUCCAAACUGGUUCAAGCAGCAAGUGAUGCAGCUCAGGCCGCUAGCAGUGCAGCCCAAGCUCUACGAGAUCAACAGCAGUCCAGGUCAAGCGCUUCGAAGUUUCAUGAGGCAUCAAAGGUUGUUAGACAGCCUGAUCCCUUUGGCUCAGAGGUCCAUGACACAGACUUGAACAACUGGCAGGAUUUUAGCACAAAUUUUCGAGCAUGGUUGUUCUACGCCAACCCCAGCUUUGAGUUAGAUUUGCACAGGAUUGAAGUCACCCAUGCUGACCAGCCCAUUGUGAACGUUACAGGUGAACCUGCUGAGACUCAGGAUCGUUGCAGUCAACUGUAUAGCGUUCUCACUGGAUUGUUGCGUGGGAAGCCACUUAGAAUGCUGAGGCAAAUUGAAGGCAGAAAUGGAUUUGAAGUUUGGCGUCAGCUUGUGCAGUUGUUUCAGCCAAAGACCAAGUCUCGAGCUAUCUCUACACUUAGCGCUUUGAUGAACAUCCCUAGAUUCACUCAGAAAGACCGCACUCUGCUUGACCAGAUUCUUGGAUUGGAGAGACUGCGCACUGAGUAUGUCAGAGCAAGUGGAUCAGACAUUGCCGAUGACAUCAUGCUUUCUGUUUUGGUGCGUGCUUUGCCAAAGGCCAUUCAGCAGCACAUUCAGUUGCAGAUGAACGAGAACUCCACAUAUGCUCAAGUGGUAUUGGACUCAGGGGCCGACGGCUCAGUCCUCCCCUUGGAGUAUGCCAAUGUUGGAUGUGUUGACAAAAGUUCCUUCAACUUUGGCUUCGCAUCAGGGCGACGGUCUCUGCAAGUGGUGCCAGCAAACCCGGGGCAGCAAAGCCAAUGGCUGUUGUCGGGGGUGGCUCACAAUUUCUAUUUAGCUCUACGCAUUGAAGAGAACAUCCACAACGUGACGGUGGCACUGAACCCUGUGAAAAAACAGAAACGCUUGAGGAUUCCAAAGGCUGUCAAAUGGAGUUAUGUGGCAAGUGCUAUGGACAUGGUCUUUUCCGGGCAUGAACGGUUCCUCAAGAAAGCUUUAACUCGAGUUGGCGGGGACAAGAUCACGGUGCCAUCUGCAGCUUUUCGGGUGAAUGCGAUUGCAGUGGCGCGUCGCCAGUUGGUGGGCCAAAACCACAUCAAGGCAUUUGUAAUACUCUUUGAUGGCUCCGAUGUUGCUGGCGAGCCCACGGAACUGUUCUACGUUGUCGUUCAGGAGGACGACACAAUGUUGAGCACGUCAGCACGAUCCCUGCAAAUGGCUUGGGAAGUGGUUCGGAAGUCUGAGUACAACGCGCGAGCACAGCAGGCCAUACAUGAUCACUACAGGUGGGUCAAUGAAUGGGUCGGCAGUCUGAGACCAGCCCCUCAUGUCUUCAGUGAUGUGAAGGGAAUGGUGCCGGAGGGAAGUUUCAAUCCGGAUGAUGACUUUGCAACACAGGAUGUGGAAGCAGAUGCAGUGUUGGCUAUGCUUGGCCCCGAGUACGCCAAAGUGCAGUUGUUUGUGAACCCUUCUGAUGCGGGUCAUGAUGGCGUGGCUAGGUUGCUAGCACUCACACGGCUGGUUGAUCCUGAUCUACCCAGGGCAUCAAUGUCAUUGACUCCUCGUGAGCGGUUUCUGGUCUACCAGUAUGACAUUGCCUACCAGGAGAUCUACAGGACAAUUUCAUGGCCUGGUGGUGCAUCUACGGCUGAUGUGGUGGAUACUUCGGCUGUUCCCGCUCCGAAAGCAGCAGGCAAAGCACGUGCAGCGCCCAGAUUGACAAGUUCAGGCGGUGGCAAGAAGAAGGACAUGGAGAAGUACUCUACAUCCUACACCUCGAUCUCCCUUGUUCCCAAUCAGCACAUCUGCGAUUGGUUGCAUCAUAUCAACCCUGAUCGCUUCACUCGAUUGUUCUUGGGUAAGCUGCACAGAGAUGCACUGCUUUCAUUCCUCUAUCUGAGCACGGGCGUGGUGCCUGGCGACCGGCUCCCUUCGUGGUUCAAGCAAGAGGUGAUGGACUCUCUUCUUGCAGAGUAUGAGCGAUUGGGGAGGCCACUAGAUUCGUGUGACCUGAACCCUGACACCAUUGUCGAGUUCGUGGGUCAGCACUUUGCAUCAGGUGCUGCUGCUUCAUCAUUUGCAGACCCCCCUCGCCCACCUGCUUCUGGGAAUUCUCACCCGGGUGCUGGGAUGCCAGCGUCAUCAAUGGGCAUGGGUGCACCCAAUGCGGAGGCUGCAGAGCAGAUGGCAGUGUUCUACGUGGUGAAUAAUGCCAACCCGCAAGGCGAGUGGCAAUUGCAUGCAUUCAGUGCGGGGGAUGGGCAACUGGUCCAUUCGGUUUCUUUGCCUCACCCUGGUGUAGCGGGGUACUACUCCCUAGUCUUCAGUGGGGGUGAGUUUGCUGUUGCGAUGUCUGGUCAGCAGCCGGUUCCAUGUCAAGAUCUGUUGGUGGGCUUUGAGAGUGAAGGGUCCCUCGCGCCCCCUGCUGGUGUUGCUGCUCAUUCGACCAUGCUACCGGGAAUGACACCACAUGGUACUGCUCCAGGUGGAAUGAUGGCUCUUGAAGAUGGAACUGACGAUGCUGUUCCGCCUGCUGAUGAAGCCGAGGACAUGGAUCCAGGAUUGAGUCUGUGGGAACCUGGGGCAGACACGCCACCUGGACCUGUCACUCCGACGGAUGCCCCUGCACCUAAUGAACCUGAACCUGAAGCGCCUGUGGGAGCUGUUGAAGCCGCCCUGGACCCCUUUGCCUUGUUUCGGGACAGCGAGGAGGCUCGCAUGUUCAGGUCAUUCAACAAGAAAGUCAGCAACGCUGUCUAUGUGCUGAUGCGGGGCAUGAACCACUCGCUUCACUUGCUGACUGGCAACUGUCUCGAGCACUUCAUGAUCAAGAAUCCUUUGCCUCAGUUGGGCACGGCUGGUGUUGAACAGGGGCCGGCCAUAUCUCCACUGGCAGAUCGACCGCUUUUGACAAUGGCAGCAGAGGAGGAGGCAGUGGGCUUCAGGUGCUUCAACAUCCUGCUUUCAUUGGGGCUUCGGGGGCUAGCGGUUCCUGACUCUGCCCACCAACAGUGGGGAGACUACGGCCGUGCACUUGUGGCUUGUGGACUAAAAGGAGCAUCCCUGAAACUCACCCUCAUAUGUCAGUGUGGUUCGGGCCCUUACACCAGUGGAAGAAAUCACUUCACCAAUCACGCUGCCGCUGAACUUCUUUUGGAGGGGAAGGACCAUGAGUGGUUUGAACAGUUUACCCAUGACUACUGCUUCGACCAGCGUGUUGGGGAAGGUGAUCUCAUUCUUACUGCAGAUGAUUGGAUGGCAUCGCCUGGCAUCACUGGGAGGCUCAAGCAGGCAAAAAACAAGAGCUGGUUCGGCUGCAUCGAGGCUUUCCGCAUGUUGGACUCAUGCUGGACUGUCCUGAGCGAAACAUCUCGGUUUGCACAGACAGAGCUGGACAACCUUGAUGAUGCUAAUGAGUGGUGGGAUGACGGCGAUGAACAAGGUGAUGAAGACCCAGCAGCUGAAUCCGCGGAGCUUCUUGAUCCUCAGACAAUGAAGCAGCUGCAGCUUUUGCGAGAGAACUACAGCAACACUGCGGCGUUUGCCGCUGAUCUUCUACAGGAUCGGACUUUGCAAAAGCAAGCCAGGCUGAUUUGUCAUGUUUUGAAUCCUUUGCAUUCGGAAUAUCAAAGUGAUCUGAAAGCUCACAGUGAUGGUCAAACCUAUGUUCUCUAUUGGCAUGGUGACCGUGCCAGUGGUACCUACUACAGGAACACGGUGGUCAAAAUGUUUGAACUGUUGAAAGACACGAGCAUUGUCUCUUUGUUGGGUUUGCGGCAACAACCAUCUCUUCAUGGUCAAAUCAUGGAGCCUUCAAGCCCUUUACUUGAGACUGAUACCAAGUUGGUGCAACAGUUUUUUCGUUUUGUGAUGGAGCUUGGGGCCAACCGUUGCUGGAGUCAGAGUUUUUGGACUUUGUUGUUUCCAUACAACAUUGCCGGCCUCUAUGCAACCGACACUACUGACCGUCGUCGCUGCCAAAUGCUGUGCAAGAGACUGGCCAAUGCACUGUUGGCACUGGAAGAUGCAAUCCAGAAGUCGCCAGCAAAUCAUGACCUCAGAGUUUUGCGUGACUCACUGGGCACAGCGGACUGGGCACUGGUAAGAGAAAUUCUGAAACAAGGUCACGAUUGCGAUUGGGACCCAAAUGAUGCAGAACUUCGUCUCUUGGUGUUUACGUUGUUUGCUGGACCAGGAUCCACAAAAGACUCUUUAGAGAGCGCAUUCAACUUUCUCAAGGACAGUGUCAAAUCUUCCAAGAGCAAGAAGAUGGGCCCCUUUACCAGGUUUUUUUACACGCUGGCGAAUCCCUAUGCCCGCCAUGCAGGGGUCGAACAGAUCCGACCAACCAUGGAGCAUUUCAAGGAUCUGUUGCAGGAAGGGUUCAAAGACAAUGAAGUGUUGCAGCACCACCUCUUUGCCUACAAGGAAACACCCCUGGGGAAGAAUUUUCCUCGGCCCGAACAACUCAUGAAUGCCAAGGUUCGCACAGCUGGCUUCCAUUCCAAUCGGAAUGCGGCAGCAGCGGCUGCAUUCAUGCUCCAUGAUGCUGCACAUGGCUUCAGUCACGCUGGUCAGUGUUGGCCAGGCUGCCUUUUCAAACGGGGCGAGGUGUACUUCAACGAGCAAACCGAAGAGUACCACUUGAGUCUGGGCUUCAUGGCCUAUGGUUGCUUGACCAUUUCUGCUCGCAGACAUGAGGACAUCAUCACUCUUGAACCGAAGGAGCGGCGUUUCCCCAAGUGGGUCUUCAACUAUAUGAUUGGAGACGGGUGUCCAUUCAAAGCCAUCCCAACCACCGUGGUUCCACCAGCUUGUAUCCCGACAAACCUGGGUAGCCUGCCACUGGCUAUUAAGAUCACUGGGGAACCUGAAUCAGUGGUGAUCGCAUCUUUGAGAACAGGUAUCUUCUUGACGGUCAAACAAGUACAAUCAAUCAUCACAGCUUUCAAAAUUGAGGAGCCUUUGCCAGGUUCUGGUUCGGGAAAGGGCGGGCGGGUCAUCAAAGUUGACCAUUGUACUGCUUUGGUUACUGGGCUGUUCCCCCUUGCCUCCGAACAAGAGAAGGCUUUCAUGAUUACAUCUCUGAUGGUGAGAAAGCAGGUGCGACCUGAAGACGCCCCUGAGUAUCUCCUCAAGUUGACUUCAAUGCUUGACACGAAUGAGGCCCAGCACUUCUCACAUGUCCGCAAGGCUGCAAUUGAUGAGUUGAAGGUGGCAGCAAUGCGUGCCAACAUCGCAAAAUGCAAACAGGGGAAACAUGAGGAUGAUGAUGAGGCAGAAGAGAAAACACGCGGUCGAAAGCCCAAACGAGGUUUGGAACAAGAUGAACCUGAAUCAUCGGGGGCAUCGGGAUCGAGAUCCAAAGCUCCACGAACAGGUGAUGAAUCAAAAGAUCAUGAAGAGAAGUUGCAGCGUUUGAACAUCAGAGCUCCACCCGAAUUUUUGAAGUUUUUCCCACUGGUCAGUUACUGCUACUUCAAGUGGGCGCCAAAGAACUUCCGUGUCACUGUGGAGUUUGUUCAGAAAGAGCGUAUGGGUGCGGCCCAGAGAACCCGGUCCCAACGGUGGUAUGAGAAAGAGAAAGAUCCAGCCAAAACAAUCGAGAGCAAACUAGAUGCCCUUGAGGCUGUUUUUGAAUUUGUGGCAAUGACCUACAAGAGGUUCUGGAAAGAAGAACCUGACUUUGAUUCGUCUUACACCCCUCCUGCCCGGUCAGACCUCAAAGAGGCAUUGGCUAAGAUGGAGGUGCAGUCUGCAGGACAUGUGAGAGCCCUCACCUUGGGCAGAGCUUUGACAGGCAUGGGACAAGGUUGGAUUCAAUUGAGUGAGAAUGUUUUUGGUCUUCGAAGUAUUUCUCCAAAUCAUGUUGACACAACUUAUUGUCCUAGUAGCGGUUUACUUUGGUUGCGUACAACUUUGAUCAAGGGUGAUGAUGGUGAAUGGGAACUGGAGGAAUUUGGACAGAGCAUUGCUGAAUUACCCACCAUGGUUGGACCGUUCAACACUGAGAAGCGCGUGGUGGAAUCUAUCACCAUUGCUCACACCUCCAUGGUUCCUCCUGAACAUCUUGGUUUUUCAGUAUCUGAUGACAUCAUUGCUCCACGAUCUGGAAUCCCUGUCAGGCCACUUCAACCAGCUGAUGCAGCUGAACCUGCAGAGCAACCCGACGUUGAUGUGAUACCAGCUGCAGAGGACGCAGAGCCCCCAGUUGAAGCAAGAGAAGAUGGCAUGGAGCAUCAUGAAGUUUGGGUUGAUGGUGUUAAACUCGACACCAAUUCUUCUUUGAGGACCUUGAGAGCUGCGUGUGACUCUUUGGGUCUUAGCAAAUCAGGAGGCAAGAUCAAGUGCUUGAAACGACUUUGGAAUCAUCUUCAAGCCCAGGAAUUGUUAGCCGCACAUGCUGCACAUCAUCAGCUUCAAAGUGAGAUAGCAAGACCUGUUUACUCACAACCCGUGCCAGAUGCCGUGAAGAAAACCUGCCGUGGACUGGGUAUUCAGACCAUAACAGAGCGUGAGACGCUUCCCAAAGCCGUGGAAUAUGGAUGGAAUAGCAAGUGUGGAAGCUUGUCCUUGGAGUUUUGGUUAUGUGAACUUGAGACGCAAAUGGAGGUCUCAGCUGAGGCGGGGAUCCCACUUUCAGUUGGACUGGAAGUGCCAAGCACUCCCAUGACACCAGCUCCUUUGCCAUUGACAAUGCCAAGCAGUUCUGAGCCUAGUAGUGCUUCAGGCCAUGCAGGAACCUCACUGCCUGCUCCUGGAGUACAUGGACGUGAAGGUGCAAGUGAUGUUGAUGAGGCCAAUAGACCGACAAAACAGGCACGUAUCAUGGCAGUCUUCGAGCAUGAGGAUGACAUGCAUCCUUUGCAUUUUCAGGAUGGUGAUGUUGACACCCUGGAGUUGUAUGAGUACGAGAUGGAGGAAGAAAGUUGUGAAGGUGCAGCAACUGAUGUUGCAUCUGACAAUGUUCUCAAGCGUUUGAGUGUUCCUCACAGCACUUUUGAGCCUGAACUAGAUCCAUCCACACUUCUCCAAUUGGAUCUUUUAGCAGAUGAACUUGAGAUCAGCCGCCUGAAGGCGAUGGGUGUGCUGAUCCCAGCUGAGAGCUAUGAUGUUGCGGGCCAAACACCGAAGAAACUCACUACCAGAAUGGUGAGGACAUGGAGAGACAAACAUUUGGAUGGAGAACAUGUUUGGCUGCGUAGGUCACGUUACGUUGCCAGAGAAUAUGCAUGGCUUUCACCUGACAGGCAAGACUUAUUCUCUCCAGCUUCUUCUGUCCUUACAGUUCGACUUCUUCCAUGUUUGUUCAUGAAAUGGAAAAUGGAUGACUACGUUUUGUGCUCCAUAGACAUCACUGAUGCUUUUCUCAUGGUCGAUCAGCGUGAACUGACACAGGUGGUUUGUGAAGAUGCUGGUGGAAAUGUCUCCCACUACAUACUUGGCAAGGUGUUGCCAGGACAGCGCAAUGGAUCACAGAUGUGGCAUGAAAGUUUCAGUUCCUUCUUGCGUGAGGACCUGAAGAUUGUGGAAUGUGCCGCAUACCCGUGUUUGCUGAGAAGUGAGACCACAGAAAACCAUGGAAGGCCAGCAUGCCUACUGCUCCUACAUGUUGACGAUGUUCUUUGUUUGUGCAAGCGCUCCUACCUUGAGAGCGUGUUACUUCCAGCCCUGAAGGCGCGCUACAAAAUCUCUCACGAGAUGAUGGCUGUCGAGGGUGACGAACUCACAUUUUUGAAGCGUCGUCACAUGCUGAUGAAUGAGUUUGAGCUUGCAAUCCAGAGCCACCCCAAGCACCUUGAGAAACGGGUUGAACGAAGGAAGAUUGGCCGAGGUUUGAAACCUAAGAGAACGCCAGUGCACCCUAUGCUGGAUGAGGAUGACAAAACCGAGAUGUUGGACAACCAGCAGGCCAGCAUCUACCGCUCAUGCAUUGGUAUUCUUCUUUAUGUGACCAGUGUUGGACGGAUCAGGCACAUCAGUUUGCGUGUGCUAUGGAUGCAACAGAAGGUCUAUGACCUAAGUACUUCACAGUACGUUGGCUCUGAAGUGAAUGACAGGUUGGAACAAGAAACAGUGACACGCAAAGGUAUCAAACUUUUUACACUUGCGGAAAUGAACAAUCAUGAUGCAAAGGCUUUGAUGAGAGUUAUGUUAAUCAGCGCGUUGAGCCUUACUCCUGCCACCGCUUCUCCAGCAGAACCAAUGGUGGUGGAUGGAAGCUAUUUUGGCUUCUUCUUUGCGGUGAUCGUCACCAUUUUGUGCAUCACACUGGGAUACAUAGCUUUGCUCAGGAAAGAACUUCGGGAGCUGCGCGGAGAGAAGACUCAGUUUGAGUGGAAUGGCGCUUUGACAAAGGUGCUGAAGCUUUUGAAAGGAGCGAAAACUGAGAGCAAGCAAAAGGAGGCCAUCAAGACCAAUGUUGAAGGUGCCGAAGAAGAAAAGGGAACAGACGAUGAAAGCGUUGGAGAGACACCACAAGAACGCUUUGAAAGAUACAGCCAAAGCACCUUGGACGAAGUCUCCGACCCAGGACUUUGGCAGCUUUGGCACCAUGGAACUCCUAGUGUUACCGAUGAGCCUUCUGCCCAUCGACAAUAUGCAGAUGGACACACCGAGCAGAUGAUGAAAGACACCAAUGACAUCUUGCGCAGACGUCUUCGAAGGUUGGAGACUGAGUAUGACGCAGCAUCAGAUGCCAACGACAUCAAUCUGAUGCACCAGCUGAACUCCCAGAUCGAUGAAUGCAAUGGCCUUAUGUAUAACAUAGGUUAG